AUGGCCCAGUCCGCAGCGGAAGGGAAGAUCAGCUUCCAUGCCCUGCUCCUCGCCAAUGAGCAGCGCAGUGCCUAUGGUCUGCGAUACAACGACUAUGAACGUUACAGGAAGCACUGUGCCAAUAGGACACACCGCUUGCGGUCAUCGCUGAAAACGACGCACGGCAAAGGUCGAGAAUUCAAGAAACUGCCUCCGCUGAAAACCGACGCGAUCAAGGAGGGACACCUGCAGUUGCUCCUAUUCGAAGCGGAGCGAGCAUGGGUCUACUCUCAAGAGCUAUCCGCUCAAGCUGUGCAGACAGAAGCCCACCCGAAAAGUGCAGCAGCCAAGGGACACGACACCCCGUCCACCCUCCGCCGACACGCCACGAGCCGUCUCCGCCGUGCGGUAAACUGGUCCACUCAGCUGCUCUCGCAUUGCCAGGCCCUGUACACCAUUGAUCGCCUGAGCCCAGAGGACGUCGUUCAAGUGACAGUAUACACUCUCAUCGUGAAUGGCCGCUUUUUGCGGCACCGCUACGACUAUGAAGACGCUCUCGCCCAGCUCAGCGUCGCGCGCAGCCUGCUCGAUGCGCUUGCAGCCAAAGCUGCGACCAGCCGCGAUCAGGCGCUUGCGACCGCCUUUGCAGACGAGAUCGGCCCCGAAAUCAGCAACAGGCCGCGCAAGGAGCACGUCGACGCGCGUCUCUUCCCUGCGAUCGUCAAGCUGCUCGACACGGUCGUGCAGAGCUUGGACCAGAUGCGCACGCUCACGAUCGUGGACGAGAGCCCGGACCUCGCGUCGGCCGUCGACGCGCGGCUGUCGUUCACCAAGGCGCGCCGGUGCCGCUACCUCGCGCGGUCUUACGCCCCGCAGAAGCGCUACGCGGAGGCGCUCACCCUGACGCAGCACGCGAAUCUGCACCUGCGCGAGGCGCGCUCCAUCCUGUCCGUCAUCGCCGAGACAGACCCUAUCACGGCAGGCGCACGGGUGUUUUACACACUGACGGCUCCGGAUGUCGACGGGCUGGAGGGCGAGGUCGCGGCCGACAGCCUGCAGUAUAAGAAGGACUGGUUUGCGUUCAACGGCGGCUCGCUCGGCACAGACAGUAAGACGUAUAAGAAGCCGCUAUUCUUCGACAUUGCGCUUAACUAUGUUGAACUGGAUAUGGAGCGGUUGCAGGAGCGGGCAGGCAAGAAGCCUGUGGCUGCAAAGGUUGCGCCACAAGCGCAUAGAAGACGGCACCGUCGAGAGCCCGGGUAG